CAGAAGGUCAUGCUGUGUCACAAAGUGAUGGUUGUAGCCCUCAGCAUCAGUCCUGUCAAAAAAGAUGAUAACUUUAAGCACGGGUUCUUUUCUUUCCUCUGAAAAGAAUCACUUUCGUUCGAUGAAAUCGAGUUGUCAAGCAAAUUACUCGCCUUGUAACGACAAGAUCAGCUAGGUUCCUUGCAGAGAGCUGAUAGAGAUUGGCCACAGCCUGUAGGCCAUCUUCAUCGAGUUUGUAGAGUUCAGACCACAUGUCAAUUAGGGCAGCUGCAGGGAUCAAAUCGUCCUCAGGAAACAGAGCCAAGUCCAUGAAGCAUUGCUUCACCUUGGGCUGCUUGUCUAAUGCAUCUAAACUCUUCUCAAGGCAACUGUACAGCUCACCGCCUUCCAUUACUGGUCCAGCUUCGGAUAACGCCAUGGCUCUCGUUCUCCACACCUCAAUGGGCUCUCCACACAGUGAUCUCCCAACAACUGAGAUUUUCCAGGUGGUAGUGAGCAUCUUCUUCACCUUGAAACACAGGAUCUCUAUGACCCUUGAGCAUGUACAUUCUCUGGACAACACUCUCCAUUGUUUGUUUUUUCGACACUCUGAUAAAGAAGAUGUUAUCCUUGAAUCUUUCUGCAUAGAGUCGAGCAGCUCAUCAGGUUCAGAUUAAAAGAAAAGAGUAGCCAGAGUGGUCUUCCCACAGCCAGGAGGUGCAGACAAAACAAGCAGAGAAGUGUCAUCCUUGAAAAACUCCAUCUUCAGUUCCCACAGGGGAACCUGAAAUCCAACAGGAUUCGGAAUCGCUGCAGGGAGAAAGUACCCCUCCAGACCAGCCCUUCUCCCGCGAUCCAAAACCAUUACUUGAACCUUCUUCACUUCCACCAAAUUUUUCUUAAUGUCCCUCGCCAUUUGGAGCUGCAGAACCAAGUCAAGGUAGCUCUUCAGGGAGCCCUCCAGGGCGUCCAAUUUGUCCUUGUAGCUCGGCUUCUUCCAGCAUGUAUACCAUCGAAUUCUGGAACAUUUCAAGACGAGGUCUUUACCUUCCCUGAUCACUUGCAUCAAUGGUUCGAUCUCUCUCUUAUCCUGGUGCAGCACCUCGCUCAGCUCUUGGAUCUCGGCAGCGAUUGGGAUUAUGGUUUCUAGAGUGGAUUCGAUCUCUUGCAGGGUUGGCUUGAACGCUGCUGCCUUUCGUUGGGCUUCCAGAACUGCUUUUAGCAGCUCUCCCAUCACAGCUCCGAUGAACGCAUCCUGCACAACUUGCGCCAUAGCCUGGACUCUGUCUGCAGAAUAGAAAAGAAGAUCAGAGAAAGGAAAAUUCUGACAAGAACUCCAAACCCCCUUUUUGCUUCCCCUCUAGUUCUGAGUUUUAGGAGGACAUAUCAUAUAUUGGGUGUUCUCUUGUUCUAAAGGUUGGCCUUUGAGGAUGGGAAAUGGGUAAAGUACUGGAUUCUAUUCUAAGCUUUGGGAAUCUUUCUUGACAUGGAUGUUAAAGGGCUUUGCUCUUUCUUGCGGGGCCAUACAUGGAGGAAAGUUCAAGCAUGAUCUGAUGCUUGGACAUUUCGCGUGUGCAGACACUGUUGCAGAUAGCAAACCAGAGUGGGGGUAAAAGGAAAAGAAAAGAUUCUUGACGAGAAAAGCUCAGCUUCAAAGCGAAAAGGGAUUCUUUGAACUUCCUGUAGAUAAUCCACCUCCUGAAAUUCUGCAAACCAUAACCAUUUCUUUUUCUAUGUUAUGUUCAUCAUUCAAUGGGGAUUUAUUUCAUUGCCUAGCUUCUUGGAGAUCAAAGCAAUCAAUAGGCCUAAUAGGUAAUUAGCUGGGCAGCCUGGUAAGCUAAGUAGAAAUCUCGAAUUUGAGUUAUCGGUAUCAGGGAGAGCAAGGAACUAACAUAUGAGUUAGUAAAACACGUUACAAGUAUGUUGCUCUGUUAAUACGUAUGAGAUUUUAUUGAUGAAAAUAUAAAUAUGCAU